AUGGAUGCGAAGGUUACUCAUGUCCAUAUCCUGCAGAUCUCUCCUACCUACCCUACUGUUGUGUUCCUAUGUCCCUGGAUAGGUUGUCGCUCAUCUCAUGCGUCGGUGCUCUUCAAGGUGCGUCUUGGGUUCCAGCCACGAAGCUUUUGGCAAAGUGGUACACCGAUGGUUCUUAUGGAAAAAUGUUUUCUAUUCUUGGCUGUGGUAGUACGACUGCAGGGCUCAUCUUGCCGCUACUUGCCUAUUUUUAUUGGCGGAGAGUGAUUUGCCACGUUGAUCUACUCUGCUAUUAUCUAUUUUUAUUUGCGAGCCGAUGAUGUGACGCCCUCAGGGCCAAACAAGGGAAAAUCAUUGAAUCUUCUGACUUUUAUCUGGUCUCCAGCCAUAUGGAGCGUAGCUAUACACUACCUCUUCACGAUGGAGACAUGGAUACCAUUGUACAUCAACGAGAAUGGCAUAGAUCUUGCAACGUUCCAAGUGCUGUACGAAGUGGGA